UAGGAAGGCUUUUGAAAGAGGAGCGAUCCUGCGCUCGGGCCUCUGCAGGUGGUUCGGGGGUAUUCUGCGAAACGGAGUGAUACUUAGACUCUCCUCAGGGGCCUGUUGGUUCGCGCCGACGCCUUUUAAGGGCACCGUGGGGCGAAAGGAGCGCUCAGAGCUGCUCCGGCCGCGGCCCUGGGAGCUGGAGGAGCCGCGACUCAGCAGGCAUGACUGGAGAGGGAAGUCCCAAUGGUGCUAGAAUGGUGCUGCAGUGGCAGAAGACGGCUCACGAGUGAGGUCUGGAAGAACAACAGGGAAGACAUCCAUCAUUUGCUCCAAAGUGUGCAAGUCAGAUCCUGGGGAGAAACAUGAUAACCCUGAUCACUGAGCAGCUACAGAAGCAGACUCUGGAUGAGCUGAAAUGCACACGCUUCAGCAUCAGUCUGCCUUUGCCUGAUCAUGCAGACAUAUCCAACUGUGGGAACCCUUUCCAGCUUGUGUCUGAAGGUGCUUCCUGGAGGGGCCUGCCCCACUGCUCCUGUGCUGAAUUCCAGGACAGCCUCAACUUCAACUACCAUCCUUCAGGCUUGAGCCUGCACCUCAGACCACCCAGUCGAGGAAGUUCCCCACAGGAGCAGCCUCUCUCCCAAGUUCUGCACCCUGAGCCCCCAGACCCAGAGAAACUUCCUGUGCCCCCUGCCCCUCCAUCCAAGAGGCACUGUCGCUCACUCUCGGUGCCCGUGGACCUGUCUCGCUGGCAGCCGGUGUGGCGGCCCGCCCCCUCCAAGCUGUGGACUCCCAUCAAGCACCGGGGCAGUAGUGGAGGGGGUGGGCCGCAGGUGCCUCACCAGAGCCCUCCGAAGCGGGUCUCCAGCCUCAGGUUCCUCCAAGCUCCCAGUGCCUCUUCUCAAUGUGCCCCAGCCCACAGACCCUACAGCCCUCCUUUCUUCAGCCUGGCUCUGGCCCAAGAUUCCUCUCGACCUUGUGCCACCUCCCCUCAGAGUGGCUCCUGGGAAAGUGAUGCUGAGUCCCUGUCACCUUGCCCACCCCAGCGUCGCUUCUCUCUGUCACCCAGCCUGGGUCCACAAGCAAGCCGCUUCUUGCCCUCUGCUCGAAGUUCCCCUGCAUCCUCUCCAGAGCUGCCCUGGCGACCACGAGGUCUCCAAAACCUUCCCCGAAGCCGCUCACAGCCUUGUGAUCUGGAUGCCCGCAAAACUGGGGUCAAACGACGCCAUGAGGAGGACCCUCGGCGUCUGCGGCCUUCCUUGGACUUUGACAAGAUGAAUCAGAAACCAUACUCAGGAGCUCUCUGUCUCCAAGAAACAGCCCGGGAAGGCAACAGCAUCUCCCCACCAUGGUUUAUGGCCUGUAGUCCCCCACCUCUCUCUGCUUCCUGCAGCCCCAUUGGGGGUUCCUCCCAGGUGCUGAGUGAAAGUGAAGAGGAAGAGGAGGGGGCUGUACGGUGGGGGCGGCAGGCACUGAGCAAGCGGACACUAUGCCAGCAGGAUUUUGGGGAUCUGGAUCUGAAUCUGAUUGAAGAGAACUAAAACUGAGAGGCUACUUCCUGGGGCCACACAGACUGACUCUCUUAUGGCUACUAACAAGUGUCAAGGCCCCAAGUCUGAGGGCCCAGCCUGGGAAUGGGGGUGAGUGGAGGGCUCCGACUCAGGGUAGCCGGAAAUCUCGCUCCAGCAAGCUCGACCAUGCCAAGAAACUGGCCAGGACAAGAUAAACAGAGCUGGUGGCGGGAGGGACAGCCCCAGAGAAGCCCCUCCCUGUGGUGGCCCUGAGUGUGAGUAUCCCUGCCACCGAGAAAGCAAUGGGCAGGGAAGGAAGGGGUCUGCUGACCCCAGCUCGGGGAAUUUCACUAGCCCCUUUGCUUCAAAGGGCACUUGUGUCUUAGAAUUUGGCCAGGGUGGGGGUGUUCAGUCAGCCUCCUCAGAGAAAUUGUGUGAGUGUGCGUGCGUGCAUGGGAGUGUACUUGAGGAAAGGUGUGUUUGUGUAGCCUUAGGGAAGGAAGGCAGUUGCUCCAUUAACAGAGCAUCAUGAUACCCCCAGGAUCUUGAGUUUUUUUUUUUAGAACAGUGGCUUGUUCAAGGAGUCAAGAGGAGGUUCCCAGUUUUCCUUUAUUCUCAGUAGCACUGGAACCAGGCUUGUAAUCCAUAGCAUCACUGGCUCUGCAAAAAUUCUCUUUUGGGGUACAGCAGAGUCUUUAAGUGCUCUGACCUCAGCCAAUGAUCUUUUUUUCCCCCUCAGUCCUACUCUGUCCCCAUUAGAUAGAUCUAGUAUUGAGGGCUGCAUUGAGGUUACCACAUUUUUUUUUUGUUUUUCUGAGCUGUGGCCUCUCACUCUCUUAGUAUGUCCAAGCAUAUGCGAGCAACUAAGGCAUAGCUGAAGGGUUUCAUUUCUCUCUUCUUCAUUGAGGGGACCUUUUCCUCUCAUCUUCUGAUUUUCCAGGUCAGAGAUAAGGUAGCAAGACGAUGUCUUGGUUCUCAGCAUCUGUUGAGGUAGAUCUGAAGCAGGAACAGUGGCAUUCAGUUCUCAGCAGAGAUGAGCUCAUUCCAUUACUGCUCUUUGGAAGCAGAAUAUAGUGAAACCUAUUCUUACAAGAUCCUGGCCCAGACUCUUUUCUGACCUGCUUGAAAAAGAGGCUAGGUAUUCAACAUUUACUAGUUUACUUGUCUUCCACUCCUGCCAGGAAAUGUUUAUUUACCUCUAAUUGGCCCUAAGAGACUACAGAGAGGCUGGGACUCACUGAGGGAUUGGCUGAGGAUGUGUAAAGCAAAGACUGUGAGAAGCAGCUGGGAGUUUGUUGUUGGAUUGAAUUUCGUUUUUGUUACUAGCCCAUAAUUUGAGCUAGGGCAGUAGGUCUAGUGGCUGCAGUGUGGAUUUAAGGACUACAGUUAUUUUGGUAGGCUGGUACUAGUGGAUAUGCAUAUUGAAGCUGUCACCAUAGUAGCCCAUGAGGCACUGUUUAGCUUUGAUUAGAAGACCUUGCAUGACCAAAUUGGACUUGCCCUUCCUGCUUUAUUGCAUGAAGGGCAUUUUUCUGUUCAAUAUCCAAGGUGUCUAGAGACCCAAUUCCUCAUAUUAGAGAAGGCAAAGGUCUGUGUUUUUUUUUUUCAAUGUGGAAUUGAGCCUGAGGUUUUCUGCAUCUCCUACAUGUUGCAUAGGAGCUAUCACUGAGGCUCCAGCCUUCUUGCCUCCACUUCAGAGGAAGUGGCUAUGUCCUCAGAGGCGCUAGGUCUAGUUACCAUGUAUCACCAAGUCUCUUGAGAUCUGAGAAAGGCUCUCUAAAGAAUUAAGUGAAACUGUGAGCCCAGGAGGUGCCCAUCUUUAGUUUCAUCCCUUCCCUGGUUCUUCUCCCUCUUCAGUUCAUAAUUUCCUUGGUAUCAGCUGCUUUUCCUCCUGGGACGUCCUCUUCCCUUGGCUCUCUGUUGCAGAUUACCUGUUCCAGCUUCCAGUAGGCUACUGUCAAUGCCAAUGAGUUCUCUGCAGGCCCUAAGCUGAAGAAGUGAAGCCUCUAUCCUGGCUUUUUUUUUUUUUUUUUUUAAAGCCCUAGGGCAUCAUCCUUAGAGGAGAAGGCCUACAGUUGUCAUGUUUUAAUUCCAUACUUCAAGUCUGGGAGUUAAAGUAAUCCAAACUAUCUUGCUUCCUAAAGAGCUGUGGCCCUGGAACAAGCCUUUUCAAGAAGUGGUUCAUUUUGCUUUACACAAUAGAUCUGUUCCAACAGUUCUGUGUAAACCAAAUGCUAUUUUUAAUGCAUUUGGAUUGCUGAUCAUUUAAAAGCAGCCUAUGAUUGCUUCUUUUGUAAAGCAAGCAACCAUCCCUUAGCUCUCUACUUUAGCUGUUUUGAUUAUUUGGGUUCUCACAUAUUGGGCUUACCCAGAGUGGAGCACACCUCCAGGGCUUGUGGCUGAUGCUGGGUAGAUGUCUGCAUCUGUGUUGUGUGUGUAGUGUGGCUGGCCAGUAGGUGAGUAUUCCUGCGUGUGUGAGUGAAGCCACUCCCAGGCUGGUGCUCUCCUCUUGUGCCCGGUGACUGCCCAGUGGCAGCCUCAGCUGCCCUUCACUCCCACCUGCUGCCAAAGUCCCUGUGCUAAUGGGAUUACAAAAACAAAAAGUGGAAAAAAAAUUUUCGUAAACUUUGUUUUAUAUAAAAAAAAAAUUCCAUAAGUCUGUGUGUGUUAAACAUGAGGUUCUGCCUCUGUGGCUGUGUUUGAAAAAAUAAAGUUUUAUUAGAAUAAUCCAU